CGAGUCCACGUUGCGAGCUUCCCCUUCCCACAAACGGAGAAGAGAAACAAAGUGCGGAAGAACAAUACGAGAUAUAACAAGCGGCGAAAUCAGCGAAGAAAUCCUCUCUUAUUCCUUCCUUCGGAUGAAUGGAUCAUCAUAUCGGUCCUACUUAGCAUACCCUUUCUUCCGCUCCCCUUAUUGAUGGCCGAUGCAUUGCUCCGUCACGGCCUCCUCCUCGCUUCGCACAAUCGUCUCCUCCCUCUCCUCUUCCUUCCCCUCCAAUCCAACUCCCCGAGACUAAAGCCGUCCCCUAGGUCCCGAUUGGACGCCGCCUUUUCUGCCGCCCUCCCGCGCCCCUCAAAUCGAUCGUCUGGUCACAGAGUGCGCGCGGUCGUCGAAGAGGGUACCGAUGAACCCAAGUGGUGGGAGAAGAAUGGGGGGCCCAAUAUGAUUGACAUUCAUUCGACGGAAGAGUUCUUGGACGCAUUAAGCCAAGCAGGUGACAGGCUUGUCGUCGUGGAGUUCUACGGCACUUGGUGCGGGUCUUGCCGAGCCCUUUUUCCCAAGCUCUGUAAGACAGCAGAGGAACACCCUGAUAUAUUAUUCCUAAAGGUGAAUUUUGAUGAAAACAAGCCUAUGUGCAAAAGAUUGAAUGUAAGAGUGCUUCCUUAUUUUCAUUUCUACCGUGGUGCUGAUGGACUGCUGCAGUCUUUCUCAUGUAACCUAGUUAAGUUCCAGAAGAUAACGGAUGCCAUCGAAAAACAUAACAGUGCUCGAUGUAGCAUUGGACCUCCUUCGGGAGUUGGAGAUCUGCUUGAUAGCUCGACCUCACAGAAUUAAGCCUGCCGGCUUUUGAUGGCUGCCUACUCUUGGUAGUUCUUCCCCAGUUGUACCAUACUGAAACUGAAUUUAGCAAAUUCUUAUUAAAAUUCCUUGCACAGUCAAUCUACCUAUGGAUCAUAGCUAGAGUUGGAAAAUUAUGAAAAUGCAUACUUGGCUGGCAUAUCUUUAAAAAAAUUUUGAGAAUGCAUGUUUGGUGUACAAAUGGAAUAUUCUUAAUUUGAAUAAACAUGCAAGCAGAACUGCUGUAGUAA